UUUUGCUCGAGUGUCCAGUGCGGAAGUGUGCAGCAGGUCUGCCCUAUUUUCACACACUGUUCAGUCGGGGAGUGCGCAUUCUAAGAUGUGACCCAGGGUGGGAUAUUUUGGACCGGAACUGGGACACGUUUAUAAAAGCCAUAUUUAUAUAUACACACACACACACAUCAUUCUUCGGAUGUUUUCGUAUACAAAACGGGCGUGGCUUCAGAGAGGGGUUUUUUUUUUAAACCUCAGUGAAGCAGAAGGGGCGGAGUUUUCGCCCAACCGGGAAGCGGAGCGCGAGCCGGAGCAGCGUCUUCGACGGGAGAUUUUCGGGGCUUCGGAAAUCGCAUCCCGGUGUCUCCCUGAGCUCUGCGUGUGCGUGUUUAAGCGCGUAUCCUGGAUAUGGCCGACCCCGGAGUGGACGGUGACGCGGAGAGCGCGCGCGGUUUUGCGCGACAGGGCGCGCUGCGGCAGAAGAACGUGCACGAAGUGAAAGACCACAAGUUCAUCGCGCGCUUCUUCAAGCAGCCCACCUUCUGCAGCCACUGCACAGACUUCAUCUGGGGUUUUGGCAAGCAGGGAUUCCAGUGCCAAGUGUGCUGUUUUGUGGUUCAUAAACGCUGCCAUGAGUUCGUCACAUUCUCCUGCCCAGGAGCGGACAAGGGGCCAGCAUCAGACGAUCCCCGCAGUAAGCACAAAUUUAAGGUACACACUUACUCCAGUCCCACAUUUUGUGACCACUGUGGAUCUCUGCUUUACGGACUCCUACACCAGGGGAUGAAAUGUGACACGUGCAUGAUGAAUAUUCAUAAGCGGUGUGUGACUAACGUCCCGAGCCUGUGUGGGACGGAUCACACGGAGAGGAGAGGACGACUGCACAUCAGCGCCAACAUCAAAGAGAGCACAAUGACUGUAACCAUCGGGGAGGCUCGGAACCUGGUGCCGAUGGACCCGAACGGCUUGUCGGACCCAUACGUGAAGCUCAAACUGAUUCCUGAUCCCAAGAGUGAAAGCAAGCAGAAAACCAAAACCAUCAAGUGUUCGCUCAACCCCACUUGGAACGAGACUUUCACGUUCAAUCUGCGGAUGAUGGAUAAGGACAGGCGUCUGUCUGUGGAAGUCUGGGACUGGGAUCUGACCAGCAGGAAUGACUUCAUGGGUUCGCUCUCGUUUGGAAUCUCCGAGCUCCAAAAGCAAGGGGUCAGUGGCUGGUUUAAAUUGUUGAGCCAAGAAGAAGGCGAGUAUUUUAAUGUUCCAGUCCAACUAGAUGGUGAAGAAGGUAACGAGGAACUGCGGCAGAAGUUUGAGAGAGCCAGGAUUGGUCCGGGGAAUAAGAACACAGACAGCUCGUCGUCCAACAACAUCUCCAAAUACGACACCAACGGCAACCAGGAUCGAGUGAAACUCUCCGAUUUUAAUUUUAUCAUGGUACUGGGAAAAGGCAGCUUCGGGAAGGUGAUGCUGGCCGAGCGUAAAAGAACGGACGAACUGUACGCCGUGAAGAUCUUGAAGAAGGACGUCGUGAUCCAGGACGAUGACGUGGAAUGCACCAUGGUGGAGAAGAGGGUUCUGGCGCUUUCUGGAAAACCGCCUUUUCUCACCCAGCUGCACUCAUGCUUUCAGACUAUGGACCGCCUGUACUUUGUGAUGGAGUACAUUAAUGGUGGAGAUCUGAUGUACCAGAUACAGCAAGUGGGGAAGUUUAAGGAGCCGCAUGCUGUGUUCUAUGCUGCAGAGAUUGCCAUUGGUCUGUUCUUUCUCCAUUCAAAAGGCAUUAUUUACAGAGACUUAAAGCUAGAUAAUGUGAUGCUGGAUUCCGAGGGUCACAUUAAAAUCGCCGACUUUGGCAUGUGUAAGGAGAACAUGAUCGAUGGCAUAACUACAAAAACCUUCUGUGGAACUCCAGACUACAUUGCGCCUGAGAUCAUUGCCUAUCAGCCGUACGCGAAGUCUGUGGACUGGUGGGCGUAUGGAGUUCUGCUGUAUGAGAUGUUAGCGGGACAGCCUCCAUUUGACGGCGAAGACGAAGACGAGCUUUUCCAGUCCAUCAUGGAGCACCACGUUUCCUAUCCAAAAUCUAUGUCGAAAGAAGCCGUGGCUAUAUGCAAGGGCCUGAUGACGAAGCAUCCGGGGAAGCGUUUGGGUUGCGGCCCUGAGGGCGAGCGAGACAUUAAGGAACACGCAUUCUUCCGGUACAUGGACUGGGAGAAACUGCAGAACAAAGAGGUUCAACCUCCAUUCAAACCCAAAUCAUGCGGUCGAGACGCAGAGAACUUUGACCGUUUUUUCACCCGCCAUCCUCCAGUCCUGACCCCUCCUGACCAGGAAGUGAUUCUUAACCUGGACCAGGGCGAGUUCCAGGGUUUCUCUUACAUUAACCCAGAAUUCCCAGCUCAGGAGUCCAAGUAGCCAAUAGCAGCGCGGCGCUUGCACCGAGACCAAUCAGAUCGGAGAGCCUGAAACAACUGAGACCUAAUGAGCUAAUCAUUUGAAUCAGUCUGUAUCUACAUUUACGCUUCCGUUUGCUACAUACAGCUCAUGCUGGUUGACCAUCUUACACACACACACACACACACACACACACACACUGCCCUUCUAUGGUGUUAUAAACUCGUAAUGUUAUGAGUUGACUACAUGAGGAAUAUAUAUGUUUACUUUUUAUCAUUCAGUUAAAAUAACAAAUGCUGUAUUUACGUAUCUUUUUUGGGGGGCAGGGUUUAGAAUAUAAACACGCCAUAAAUGAUGAUUAAUAUAGAUUAUAUAUGUGUUUAAAAAAAACAAAAAACAAAACUAUAUUUGCCAAAAUAUAUAAAAGGUCACCUAGUUUUAUUGUGUAGGUCAGUGUGUUCCUGGUACUUUUCUGGGCCUCGCUUAUCAAACUGGAUACAAAAGAAUUUUGUUCGUAGGAGAAUUUAGACAAUUCGUGAAAGUUCGGAAAAACUUCGUAUGUUUUACGAAUUUGUGCAAAUUUGCGUUUAACUAACUAUUGGCUUUAAAUUUUUGCAGAAAAUCAUUGCUACGGUUUUAUAUACGGAUCACACUGUCGAGUUUAAAUCACUUGCUAAUUGACUAUUAACGAUGUAAUGACUUCAGGCUAGCUGUUCGAUCAGGACGAAAGUAAUGGCGCCGUGGGACUGCCAUGGCUGAUUUCAGAGGCGAUCUUAUGUUUUGUCAAUUUCAGCUCUUGUUAUGGAGUUUUGUGAGCGUGGCUAAAUGUAAACGUGCCAUGAAUACAGCUGAUAGAUGCUGAUUAGUUGUUGUUUACGUUAUUGAAGACUGUGAGCGAAUAAUCCGGCAGGGAUUUUUACUUCAGUUUGUCUGUGAAAGUUUAUAUUUACACACAUCACCACUGUACGGUUGAUAAAUGAGGCCCAGCGUAAGCGGGUUUUUUUUUUUUUUUUUUUUUUUUUCGUUGUACAUUUGUGCCAAAACAAAGGUCAGGAUUAGAGUUUGGUCCUGUGUAAUGUAGUUAGUUUACAUCAGUGAUUUUUUUCCCAAAGCAGUCCUCAGGGGUGGGGUGGGGUUUGUUUUUUUUUUUUUUUUCCUCUUUCCUCCUCCCUUCAUCACUCAGCAUGUGUGUCAGGAAUACAGUGGUGGUAUGGGUUGUGGUGUUUUUUUUUGUUUGUUUGUUUGUUUGUUUUUUUGGGGGGUCGUCACGGAUUCCUGUCAAUCAACAUGGUGUGAACAUUAGCAUGAACUUGGAUGCACACUGUAUCUAAGGACUGCAAAUCCAUCCUUAUGAGAAAUUUUUGACCUUUUCGACAGUCCCAAAAGUGAUCUUGGUGAUGUGUUGAAAAAGAGAACAUAUCUUUAGUGGUUAGUUCACCAGAUCUGUGUAGUACAUUAUAAUUCUUAUUGUGAAACCAGAAGCCCUCAAAGUAUUUGAAUGAGAGUAAUACUUGGAGACGGUACGUUUAAGAAUAGUAAAUGUAUGAAUAAUCUUUAUGGGUUUUUUUGUUUUUGUUUGUUUUUUUGUUUCUCACAUGAACUGAAACAUCCUCACCCUACAACACAUUGUGCAAUAAUAAUAAUGUGUUGCUUCCGGAGUUGUCAUUGCCCUUUCAUGGACCAGAAGCCCGUCCUGCUGAGGUACCAGCUAACAUUGAACAAAAUAAAGGCAUGGAUGCGUUGAAA